GGCGGAAAGGUUACUGUAACUUGUGUACAUGUAUUUGUUUCUGAAAGUUUCGUCGAUAUUUUUGUUUUAAACAUACUCUGAACCACCAAGAAGAGGAGCAGCCCUGAAAAUUACUUACUUGGAGUGUAUUUGAUGACAAAUUUUGUUUAAAUUGUCUGCCCAUUCACGUUAGUGGACGCUUGCAGUAUGUGUGUAGUGAGACGUCAUGUCUGACACUCGGUAUUGUGGACCGUAAGACUAACAGACUUUCAGAUUUUAGUGUUGUUGGACUUGAAUAAUGCGAAUGUUAAGAGUUGUGCGCUUCCUCCGAAGAUUUUCGUCAAGUGGUGUUCCGCCAGACAAGAAGUCAUCCCGUAAAUUUGGUCGAUAUAUUUUAUUAGGCAGUGCGGUUGUAGGUGGUGUAGCCUUGUACAAUGAGCUGAAUUAUUUGGAUAAUGCGGUGCAAUAUAAAGUAGACACUAGUGAUCCGGAAAAAUGGAAGACCUACAUUUACAUUCCUGGUGGUGCCAUGUUCUACCAGAUAAAAGACACUGUGAAUCAGAUGAGAUUGAGAAGUUUUGGACAUCUUUUCGAAGAAGGUGUAGAUCCCGAUGAAGCAUCAUGGUGGUCUCGAUUGGAGGUAAAAAGUGAUAACCCUAUUAAGUUGCUGAGUAUGGCUCAGUCCAAUGUCAAGAAUAUCCGCUUCCAGGGUGUCAAUAGUUUGGCAAAGCAGACAAGCUGGCAAGACUCUGAAUAUCGUAAGGUAGCCCAGGCCUGUGAUGAUAGAACCAGAGUUGCACUUGCACGCACCAAAGGUGCCGACAGCCGUUUUUUCUUGCCACCACCAAAGUACCAUGACGAAACUACUGAGGAAUCCAUAGAGGCGUCAUUUCGUGAGCUUUUAUCAGCACUACCAAUGACAGGACUAGACAAGUGUGCACAGUAUUUUACUUCCGUUGCUAUGAAGGAAGAUAAGACGGCCAUGGCUGAUGUUAGGGGUGGUUUAUGGUGUUUUGGAGGCAAUGGAUUACCAUUUGCAACAACUCUAAGUAACAUACCAGAUCAAAAAGCAGAGCUGUUCUACCUUCAAGCACUACUGCAUCACUCCGAGAUUCCUAGUCACUGUGAUGUUAUCGUUGAAAAAAAUGGUUUACAGUUAUUGAUGCAACUUGCAGAAAAGCGAGAAGAAAGUCUGACUAUUAUGUGCAAGAUUUGCAGAAUUCUGGGUAAUCUGGCAUUACACGAACAACUGCACCAUCAGAUUGUGACGUCAGGCUGGGUAACGUUGCUGGCAUCAUGGAUGAAGUCAAAUUAUAUCCCACUUGCCAUGCAUGCGUCAAGAACACUUGCUAAUUUGGACAGAGACUUCUGUAGUGAGAAGUGUGAAUCGGGCAUAUACAUCAUGCACCCAAGACACAGGUCUAGCUUACCUAUUGCAGCUGAUGUAAUAUUUGUACAUGGAUUGUUAGGUGGGUCAUUUAAAACUUGGAGACAACAAGAUCCUGAAAGGCUGGAAACUGAGGAAGCACCAGCCGACAUACACAAUUUCAAGAAACGAGACUUGGACUUGACUUACUGCUGGCCAAAGAGUUGGUUAGCGGAAGAUGCCCCACAUACUAGAAUUAUUACUGUGGAGUAUGACACCCAUGUCAGCAAUUGGAUGCCUAAAUGUCCUUUUGAAACUGAAAAGCGUACCAUUGCCAGCAGAAGUAUUGAAAUGCUGGAAAAGCUAAAAGAAGCUGGAGUUGGAUGUCGGCCUGUAAUAUGGGUUACACAUUCUAUGGGAGGGUUACUGGUAAAACAGAUGAUAUUGGAUGCUCAGAAGAUGGACGAUUUCAAAACUCUCUCGGAUAAAACAAGAGGUGUUGUUUUUUAUAGCACGCCACACAAAGGUUCACCGCUAGCUGCAUAUUCCCAGCAAGCGAAAUACCUACUGUAUCCUUCCGUAGAGGUGAAUGAGCUCAGUCCAGAAUCCACCUCACUAGAAGAGCAACAUCGUCAGUUUUUUUCAUUUGCCAAAGAGAGGAAAAUCCGUUGUCUAAGCUUUGGAGAAACCGAACCAACCAAUAUUGGCCUGGGAAUUAAGCUGCUUAUUGUACCACCAGAGUCUGCCAAUCCAGGAUAUGGUUCGUUCCAAGAAAUGGAUGUGAAUCAUCUGAAUGUCUGCAAACCUGACAACAUUGACUCCAAACUCUACAAACUGUUGUGUAGUUUUAUUGAUGAAUUGAUUCCUAAAAAGGUCAUUGAAGAAAUCUCAAGUGUCCUCGACCCAAACAAAUCCACAGAAGAAUAUUGCUGGGGAGACAUGUUUUAAAGUUCCCAAUAACUAUUUUUUUUGUAUAGUUGUACUUUAUUUUUGCGAACAUUUAAGAUUAUUGCUACAUUUUGAGUUACAAUGUUUGUCGUGAUAGGCCAUCACAGGUUAAUACCUGGAAUUUAUUAUCAAUUUUGUAUUUUGAUGUGUUCUCAUUUAUACUGUGAUUAGGUCAGUGGCGUCCUAACCUUUAUCUCGGACAUGCCAAGACCACUCGCGUUCAAUCUUCACAUGUAUAUCAUGCAUCUUGGGAUACAUAAUGCAUAGCGGCCAUUUUUGUGCUAAAAAUUCAUCAAAAUCGAUCAUUUCUGCCAUUUCAGAAAUUGACUGUGUAUUGAUGGAUUUGAUACAAACAUCAGGCAUUAUGGGACCUUAAUGCACAUCAUUUUGUUUUUUAGUUAGAUUCAAAAUGGCUGAUUGGUGGCCAUUUUGUUUUAAUGAAUGCUGUAUUGGAGCUGUAUCUCUGACAUGCCUUGAUAACUCACACAAACUAUGUAAUGCAAUUACUUGACACACUGCUAAUGGAUUUCUUAUGUUUGACACUGUUUAGUUGAAUAUCACAAAUCCAAUACCGGGUAUAUUCAUCGAGCUAAACUGCUCUAGGUUUAUCUGUAGCCCGGUUAUUUAUCUAUAGUCCAUGUGGUUUUUAUGCAUCGGCUCACAGUUUUGGCUACAAUGCUACUUUGGUUCAAAUUAUAGAUGGCUGCACUGAAUUACCUGGGCUUGAUCACAUGCAUGUCAACUCUCAAACAUCAGUGGUUCCAAAUUGUUAAACAUUUUAAUGCAUCUUCAAAAUUUCAAAUAAUUUGAUCGGACCCUGGAUUGCAUUCAUCUCAAGAGAAACAAAAAUCUUCAAAAAUUUACCAGAACUAUUUUUGAUAGUAAUGAAAACUUGAAGUUGAUUAGCAGCCUUGUUCUUAUUAAAGUUAUAUUGUCGAUAAGAAUCUGUUUGUAGCUUUUGACAUUUUGAAUAUUGAAUGUGGCAGCUUUUGGUAUUCACAAAUUAUCCCUUUGCCAAUAGCCAAACACUGCCAAGCAGUUUCAUGGAUUUGGUUGUGAUUCAGUUCUUAGCAUCUUAAUGUUGAGUCACUGAAACACACAUAGAAUUCUUUAAUUAAUGACCAAAGAUAGACCAGGUGACAAAAUUAAUAUUUGAUGUGUAGCAUUUUCUUUGAAGAUUAGUCCCUUUCGAAUUAAUAGAACAACCAUUUUAAUCGUUACCACAGCGUACAAGAAAACUUAGUACAUUGAUCAUUACAUACUUUUUAGGUACCCAAAGCAUAAUUCAAACAGUGUUGAAGACAAUCAGUAUAAUGCUUUUUUCAGAUUUCAUUUUUGGUCAUGUUACUCAAAAUUGAAGGGCUUUCAACCAAGUUUUUCUGACAAUACAACUUUAAUAGGAAUUGGGAGUAUUUGUAGUUUUCAGAAUUUAAUUAAAUUUGUCAUAUUCUUAGAAAAUGCAUGCAUUAUGACACACCAAUACAUUAGGCAAAGUGCCACUGAUUGAGCUGUAUGGGUGAAUACUGAAGUAGAUGUUGAAUACUGUAGAAUACUUUAUUUUCGCUUGGAAUUUAUUUUCGCUGAAGGAAUGAUUCCGUGAAAAUAAAAUCCAGCGAAUAUACUUUUUUUCCUAUAUUUCACAUUAAACUCAUCAAAAAUCAGUGAAAAUAAAUUCCAUACAAAACGCCCAAAAAGCCUUUUCAGCGAAAAUUAAUUCCAGCGAAAAUAAAGUAUUCCACAGUAUUCAGACGACUUUGUCUUGAUAUUUCGUGUUUUUGCCUAAAAUUCGCCAUAAUGUACAGUAUGAAAGCAAUCUCUCAUAAGUAUUUAACCGAUAACAAUGAAAUUACCUUUGGAGGGCUAACGUUAUAUUCUGUUACCUUUCACAAAAUAAAACCACAAAACAUUUUUCAUAUUUUUCAAAAAAAUUUAAUCAAGACCAGGAGGCAUUUAAAAAUCAUCUUGUCGAAAAUGAACAAAGAAAUAUGAAAAAUACAUAAAAAUGUGCAAUAUAUUGACAGGAAAAUAGAUGGUCUUUAAAGUGUUAAUAUACUCACCGCCACAUUGUAUCGCCAUUGAUGCAUGCAUGUUUAUCUAGGAAUGAGUCUGUACUGGUGAUUGGAUAGAAGGAUUUCAAAAUGCAGUCAAAUCUGUGUGAAGUGACCAACUUAAAGUACUUAAAUAUAUUGACCUUUAUAUUUUAUGGUGGUUCAUUAAGUCUGAAUAAAAAAAAAAUAUCUACAGAAAUUGUCCACUCAAAUGGGCAUAUUUGAAGAUGGGAAUAAAUAAAUGUGCUUUUUUGCCCCCGAUUAACUUGAAAAUGUAUUCAGACAAAUAAUCUUCCAUCUAUCAUUUUGGGGUUCAUACUUUACAAAAAUGUACAUGCUGGCAUUGAGACUGCCCACGUGAGGUCAUGCCCAAGUCUGGUAGUCUUCAUCUAAAGGUGGUCACUAACACAGGAUUGUCUAGUAACAGAUACAUGUACUUAAUUGCAAACAAAACUGUCUAUUGCUAUGGAUAUCUGAUGGAUUUCAAUUUUCCAAUGUUACACUGUACUAUACUGGUAAUAGGAGUCUGAGAACAUCCUGACUUGUAUGUUGUAGAAAAUAUGGCAUGUAUAAAACUUGUGUGGCCCUUUUGUUGACCGAUUUGACUGUUUAUGUAUAUAAAAAAAAAAGUUUUAUCUACAGAAGAGAAAAGCCUGGUCUUCGAUACAAAACUACUUUAAGGUGUUAUUUUGUCUACCCAUGUGGUUUUUGGAAAUACACAAACUGACUACCUGUGUAUUUAUAUUUCUACUAACAAAUAUGAAAUUAAGGGUAAGAAGCCAAGUAGUGUAAAUUCACUUAAGAUAAAGUAGUAAUUCUACACGUAAGCCAGUAUGUAUGUCUGAAGAGUUUGAUUACUAUUUAUUGAUAAUGUAGUUAUUUGUACAGCGUUAUUUCAAUUCUACACUGCUAUGUAAUAACAUGCAAUUAAAACUGCUUUGGAAAAAUUAUA